AUGGAAGAAGCACUUAGAAGGCUCAACGGAAUGCCAACCCAUCCACCGGAAUCCAACCAGCACGAAGUCAUGAUCGCCGACCUUCAGAAGAAGUCCGCACCUACCACCGCAACAAACAAAAGGUCACUGAAAGAAAGUGGUGGCAAUGUUGGGAACAUGAGGUACCGUGGCGUACGCAGGAGGCCAUGGGGUCGUUAUGCUGCCGAGAUAAGGGAUCCUCAGUCUAAGGAACGGCGUUGGCUUGGCACUUUUGACACUGCUGAGGAGGCUGCGUGUGCCUAUGAUUUUGCAGCUCGAGCAAUGCGGGGUCUCAAGGCUCGCACUAAUUUCGUGUACCCCGAUACACAUUCUGCAGUUACUGUCCCUCAUAAUUUUCUCCCUCCAUUUGCUUUCUCAAAAUCGUCUCAUCAGUCCUCUCGCCACUAUAAUAUAAUACCCUCUUCAAAUUGGUCUUCUCUUGGUCACUCCCAUGUGAGCGACUUCUCAGCUGGUGGGUCUGCACCACAGAAGAGUACUAGUGGCAGUACUGCUAAUACUUCUUCUCUGAACAUGCUUUUUCUUCGUGAUUUCAGUAACUCCUCUUCAGGUUCGUCGUCUAAUUAUCAUCCUCAACCUCUAUAUGAUCACUUUCCCUGCAUCAAUGGGUCCUCCAAUUCUACUCCUAGCACUUUCUCAGGGGGUUCUUUGGUGAAUCCUUCUUGUAACACCAGUACUAGUCCAUAUAAUUUCUCUGAAACUUUGGCAGACUCAACUGUGACUACUGUUCCCACCAUGGAUUUUCAUCAAAACUAUACUCCUGGUGUCCUGCGCAGGCCCAACGCUAACGCUGAAGAGUUGGAAUUCUUUCCACAAGAACCAUCUGAUUCUGGUUUAUUGCAAGAGAUUAUUCAAGGGUUUUUGCCUAAAAACUCCUCUGAUGAGAUUGAGUCUUCAAAAAGCUCUGGAGAGUCCAUAUUUGCACCGUCGUCUGAAAUAACAUCUGUGAGUCAGUCACUAGAUGGGUCGAGUAGGGGCACGAGGAUGAAGUGCUUUGUUAAAAAUGAGCACCAUGGUGCUUAUCUUGAUUAUCAUGGAAGGUCAGGACAGCUUGAGGGCUGUCACGGUACUGGAGUUGGUUCUUUUGAACUUCCGUACGGUAAUGAGAUGCCAAUGAAUCUUCAUAUGGGUCCUGACUCCAUUUUGGAUGACAUCUUUCAGCAUCCAGAUCUUAUGAGUGCCUUUGCAACUAGGUUCAAGAAUCCUUGA